CACACAGGGAGUGUUAUUGACGAACGUGCUGAGCGUUUUGAUAAAAAUAGGAAAUUUGGGUGUAAGUGUGCAUAUGGCAAGGCGACGCAACUUAAUUCCACAACGUAAUUGCCACUGCCGCAUUCGUCGCGUUUUAACUAACGCAGAAGUAAUUACCCACCAAUAAUGAUCAAUGAGUUAUAUCAACUUGAGCGAGCUCAUUCAAUGCGUGUUCCUGCUGCUGGCCAAUCCGCGGCAUGCUGCCAAUUCCCCAAGCGCCUUUGAGCACGUGGGCGGUGGGGCGGCGUGACGUCACACCGUCAUGGCCGCGCCCAUGGGUAACGUGGGCGACGCCGCGCCGGGUAAUGGGGACACGGGGACACGGGAGUCUGGGGCUGGAGACGGCACGGGGACACGGGAGUCUGGGGCUGGAGACGGCACGGGGACACGGGAGUCUGGGGCUGGAGACGGCACGGGGACACGGGAGUCUGGGGCUGGAGACGGCACGGGGACACGGGGCUCUGGGGACGAGCGCCAUGGUUUGCACCUCUUCCCCGAGCGGCUGGUGCCUAAAUUCAAGCGCGGGUUCGUGGCCAGCUUGAGGUGCAACUACAUGCUAAAGGUCGCGCUGGAGUCGAAUCCGUAUGCAAAACUUCUACAAGAUGCUUUGAAGAGGUCGGGGUGUACCGCGUACAGGGAUCGACACUUCUCAUGCGAAGAGUGCGACAAUAAAGUUGCCGGGGGAUUCGACUCCAACACAUCACAGGUGGUGAUUUGCCAGAACAACGUGCAGAACCAGCACUACAUGGACCGCGUGGUGACGCACGAGCUCAUCCACGCCUUCGACCACUGCCGCGCGCACGUCGAUUGGUUCGGCUCAAUGGACCACAUGGCCUGCUCCGAGAUCCGAGCUGCGAACCUCAGUGGGGAUUGCUCCUUCCAAAACGAACUCAGGCGAUACAACUUUGGACUGAAAGGCCAUCACCAGACGUGCGUGCGCAACCGAGCCGUCUUGUCCAUCCUGGCGGUGCGGCCCGCGACUGUCGAGGAGGCCAAGGCGGCCGUGGAUCGCGUGUUCGAGCCGUGCUUCAACGACCUGGAGCCCUUCGGCCGCAUCCCUCUGAGCAAGAAGCACGCCAAGUACGCCUUCCUGCACCAUGAGUCACGCGACCGCUACGAAGCCAACCUCUAGUGCACCCGAUGGGAUGUUACCCCGGUAAAAUGAUUAUCGUCGCCUCUUGAUUACGAAGGUGCUUCGGGAAGUUAAGACGCACCCAAACCUGAAAUCUCACUCUCCCAAAGCUCGACAGCCCUGUCGUCUGCAGGCUAUGAUGGAGUCAGCUCUCAGGAAUUUGGACUGGGAGGAGAUUUGGCACUGCCCCAAGACUUGGGAGAGGAAAAAUGUUUCCAGCUGCAAAAUGGAGAGCACUUGUUUAAAACGCACAGCUUGAAUGAUUGCUCAUAAAAAUUACUGAUUUAUAUAUAAAAUAAAAACUGGAGUAUUUACUCUUGUAAAUGUGAUACUUGUGAAGCAGCACUUGUGGAAGUACCUUGUGUGAAAUGCGAAUAAAAAAAGUUUGAUACAAAGAAUCCAUAUGAAGUAUGGAAAGUACGUGUAUAGAAACUUAAGUAUAAAAUCAAAGCCACACCAUGUACAAAAAUAAAAGCCAACUGAGAAAACCA